AUGUUCGUCUCAUUCGCCAUUCUGGUUGUGCUUGCCCUGCAACAGCUAGCUGGAACUACAACAACUACACACUUCCCUUUUCACGCUCAAAAGGGAUAUGGCAACAGCUCUUCACCUGUUCGUGGGGCAGUCGCGUCUUUGAGCUCAAUAUGUAGCAACAUUGGCCUUGAUUUGCUGAAGAAGGGCGGAAAUGCGGCAGAUGCAAUGGUUGGGACUGAAUUCUGCUUAGGAGUGAACUUACUAUAUCUCACAGGCAUAGGAGGAGGUGGCUUCAUGCUCAUUCGUAGUGCAUCCGGAGAGUAUGAAGUUGUGGACUUUCGAGAAACGGCACCAGCUGGCUCAACUGAGGACAUGUUCAAGGACGGAAGCGUCCAUUCAAUAUAUGGGGGUUUGGCUAGUGGAGUUCCUGGUACCGUAAGAGGUCUCGAAUACCUUCACCACAAUUACGGUCGCUUGCCGUGGCCAGAUCUGCUUCGGCCCUCCAUCAAGCUCGCGAGAACGGGUUUUCCGGUAAACGAGGAGAUGGUCUCACAUAUGGACCGCCUGGAUGAUACAAUCUUUGUCGACGACUCCGCCUGGGCGAUUGAUUUCGCACCAAAUGGCACUAGACUUGGCAUAGGAGACACUUUGACGAGGAGACGGUACGCCGAUCUCUUGGAGAUGCUAGCGGAGCGUGGACCAAGCGCAUUCUAUUCCGGGUCCAUAGCUGCGGCGACUAUUUCUGCCCUGAGCCGUACUGGUGGAAUCAUGACGUUAGAAGACCUAGCGAACUACACGGUCACAGUCCGCCAGCCUCAGCAGAUUACGUACCGAGAUUUCAGGCUUGUCAGCACUGGCGCACCCACAAGCGGCGCCGUUGUUCUCAAUGUGCUGAAGACCUUGGAGGGCUAUCACGACAUUUGGGAUCCAGCCCACCUAAACCUUAGCACUCAUCGUUUCGAUGAAGCAAUUCGCUUCGGCUAUGGUGCUCGAACGAAACUUGGAGAUCCAUCAUUCAACGAUACGGUAAAUAAAUUUGAAGCGGAGAUGCUGACAAACCAAACGUCUCUUGCGAUUCGCAACAAAAUACUGGAUUCCAGUACGCAACCAGUAUCGGCAUAUAACCCUGAUAACAUUGAGAGCUUGGAAACGCCAGGCACUUCAAAUGUUGUGACUGCCGAUGACAGCGGCUUGACAGUAUCCUUGAUAAGUACCAUCAAUCUAAAUUUUGGCUCUACCAUUAUGGUGCCUGAGACAGGCCUGUUGAUGAACAACGAAAUGAAUGACUUCUCAAUCGCUGGAACUAGCGAUGCUUUCGGAUUUGUUCCAUCGCCCGCCAACCUCAUAAGGCCCGGAAAGAGGCCGUUCUCGUCUAGCACACCUGUUAUUGUAGAGUUCCUUUCGAACAGCACAUUGUACUUUGUCACUGGUGCCUCAGGAGGUUCGAGAAUCAUUACUGCAACUCUUCAAUCGCUUUGGUAUGUCCUUGAUCGACGCUUGAACAUCUAUGAGGCUUUAGCAGAGCCACGAUUUCACGAUCAACUUAACCCUGAUGUCAUUUCAUUCGACUAUGACUAUGAUAAUAGCACUGUAGCUUACAUGAAAGCGCUCGGACACAAUGUCUCAUGGAUGGGACACUCCUCCGGAAUGAACGCAUUGCUAAGAUAUCCGAACGGCAGCUUUGAGGCAGUUGGGGAACCCAAAUUUAAAGGGGCUGGCGGGGUUUCCUUAUAG